AUUUAAACCUAUACCCCCCAACAUAAAAUUUUUGUUGUAAAAUACCCAAAAUAACCCUAAAAAAAACAGUAAAAGUCAAAAUAAGAAAAAAUUCAAACACUUUACCCCCACAUUGAAAAAUCCGGAAAAUGAGGACUAGAGGAGGAAAAUCUGACGGUGGUGAUUAUUCGCGAGUUCGGCCUCCUACACAAUCAAAUAGGAGAGCUGCUGUUGAAAAAAGGAGAAAGAGAAAUGAGGAAAGGCAGGCGCCUCAGGACGAGCAGCCCCAGGAUGAGCAGGCACAGCAAAAUCUUAUGUUUGAUGCAGAACAGGAUGAGCAGCCCCAUGAUGAGCAGCCUCAGCACGAUCAUGAGUUUUAUGAUGAAUAUGACCAGCAGCAGCAACAUUUUGAUGAUGAACAUGGUCAGCAGCACCAGCCUGAUGAACCCAUGUUUCCUGGAGGUCCUUAUGAUCUUUCUGUCCUUACAGAUUAUGAGCAUCAUAUUGCAAUUAAUGUGUGGAAUGGACAGGAAAGACGUGCCUUGAAAGUUGUUUCCAAUGGCAAAAAGCAAGACAAAUUUAUUGAUAUUAGAUAUCAUUUACCUGCUCAAAUAGAUCAUUGGAUUAAUAUAUCUGGAUUACGUCCUCUGAGAAGAUGUAGUUUGCAUAUGAUUGAUGGUAACAUGAUAUCUGCUUUUGCUGAGAGAUGGCACGCAGAGACUAGUUCAUUUCACCUGCCAUUCGGUGAAAUGACUAUUACUCUUGACGACGUCAGGGGUCUUUUGAGCAUCCCGUGUACUGGAGAGUUUUUCACACCUCCCGCAAAUGUCAAUGAAGAUUUGGCAAUUGCUGCUGCUGUUGAGUUGUUGGGGGUUACAUAUGAUGAAGCUGUAUUUUAUAAGAAACUUUAUGAAGGAAGAUAUGACUGUGCAGCUAAGGCAUAUCUACUUCAUUUGGUAGGAUGUACCAUUCUUGCGGAUAAAAGUUUUACACUUGUAUCUGCAAAAUAUCUCUUUCUGUUUCAAGAUCUGGAUAGUUGUGGUAAAUGGGCAUGGGGACCGGCUGCACUCGUUGUGCUAUAUGACUAUCUUAGAGACAGUACAUUCCUGCAACCAAACAGAUUGGAGGAUAUUUGUCUUUAUUUCAGACUUGGAUUUAUGAACAUUUCCCUGAUAUUUGUAAACGGGAUAUGGAUGAGCAUAUUUCCUCGAUGCCACAGAUGUUUCGUUGGACGGCAAAACAAACAUAUGGGAAUGUGGCAUAUUACAGGGCAAAGUUGGAUGCUUUGA